AUGGUUGUAAAGAGGUCAACUCGCAGGACCUUCGGAAAAGUAAUAUUUUGGACUCUUUUGGUUUCAGCAGGAGUAUUAAUUAUCUUUAACAUGGUGUUUUUCCUUCAAACUGCCUCUGAACUCGCUCUCUUAACGAGCUCUGAGCAAGAUAAAACGACAUUGACUUUGGCGUCUAACAAGGGACGAACACAAGGUGAUGAGCUUGAUUCAAAAGGUAUUCUCUUUAUUACAUCAUAUAAACAUGUUAUUUUCUCAUAAAAUUACAGAACAAGAUAUCUUAGAUCUGCACUUUUUAAUUCUUUUAGAAUCAAAUUCAGGACACUAAAAAUAAUUCCGUCGACAAAUUCCUAAUUUUUUGGCAUGAGAAGAAUAUUCAGAUGGCCAUGCAAAAUUUGCAAUCGGAAAUAAUCAGGGGUUGCUAAACUUGCAAGAUAAUUUCAUCGCUUAGAUUGGAAAGAGCAAGGAUAACAUUUUCUUAUUCUGCACAUUACGUAUCAAUGUUUUGCUUACGCUCUAAAGAGACACACGUCAUGAACCAUGGAUUUAUUCUUUGUGCGCAUGAUUCUCGCCAUCUUGCGCACGCCUAGUGAAAAGAAGGAUAGCUAUUUUGUACGCACAAUUACUUGCUGAGGUUAGUGGUGUCUUUUAAGUUGUACUUACUCUUCAUUUUGUAGAAGGCAAUUUCUUGGAAUUAGCAGUGUUGUCCAGUAAGGAAAAUGUCACGUUGACGAUAAACGGACAUAGCGUGAGUAUUGAAAUUUAAUUCAAAAUAUUUUUUACCGACCUCCAACAAUACACCUUUGUUAAAUUUUGACCAGUGUGGGGUGGGAGAGUGGGAGGGGGGAAUGAAAAGGUUAAUGCGUAAUGCAAACCAAUUUCUAACCCCACGGGGCUUUGUUUUGUUUUGUUUCUUUUCGACCUUAAGAUUAGUACUUCAGAUGCUUAACCACUAAGCCAUAAGAAAGUUGUGGUAGGCCAGGCCGUUAAACUAGGUCCAUGGUGCCAAACUUGUUACAUACAGCUAAGAUAAGAAUGUCGAUGUGAUGCUUCUUCUCCAUGGUUAUAUGGCUGAAUUUCUUUUUUACCCAGCUGGUAAGGUUGUAUAUGGAUAGCUUGGAAAAUACUUUAUAUUUAGGAGAUGGAGGACCUCUAAUGUAGGAGUAAGGGUGGUAGAUACUCUUUCUCGACAACAGAAAAAUACUUUAUAAAUUUUUGUUAUGGAAAGGUUUGUUAACUUUUCGAAACAUUUCAUCAGGAAGGCGAAUCAGCUUAAUUACCGUUUUAAUACACUUUCUAUUGACAGAGGUGGGACACAUCCGAAAUGUUGAUAAGAGGAUUGAACGUAGUAGUCUUAAAUGAAGUAACAGGUGUUGUGAUGUCAUCACGAUGGUUUGAUACUUAUGAAUCUGACGCGGACAGCGGUUUUCUCAUCGAAUAUCUGAAAGGCCUUAGAGAUGGUAGAAUCGUCUGCUUUGCUAUAAAGGUAAUUGAAUUUUUACAUAUUCAAGUAUUAAGGAGACGUCGCUCAAAAGAACAGUGUUUUGGACCAUGAGACGAACGGAAUGGGUUUGAGUCCUCACUGUAACCUGACUUUAUUUAUUCAAAGUUACGUUAGCACAGUACCCUUGGGACUUUUCACCGGUUGAUUGAAAUAUUGGCUGGAUGUUUGUUGUUGUUGUUGUUGUUAUUGUUAUUUUUCUCAUGAAGCCGUGCAAUAACUUCGCGAUGUUCAGACGGAACUGACGAGCCAGGUUGUUGUUGGUGUUUCUUUUUUCUUUAACUCUUAUAUGCUAUAUUUUCCUGUCCGAGUACAGGGUGCCACUUUUACAAAUUUAAAAGAGCGCUCCCCAUUUUGAUUACCAUCAUCUAUUCAACCACGCCUUUGCAAUUCAAGAACUUUGAUAGUCAAGAUAUUCAAACCACGACAGUGAAAUGUUCGAUCAUAUCAACCAAAAAAGAUAUCUUCCAUUUUUAAUCACUAAAGCACUAAAGGUUCGUAAUAUGUUAGCGAGUGUCCGUUUGAAAAAAAAAAAGCACAAGUUUUCAACCGAUAGAGAACUUUCCCAGUAUCAUGCAAACUAAAGGGACCGGUCACUAUUUAUCAUGUGAGGGGGAAGAGAAUCGGAGGAGUCCCCCCUUUAUACUCUGUUGGCCACAACUGAUUCUCACUCCGUUUCCAAAGCGAUAGAUAAUGAAUUGUGCCUAACCUUAUACCUCUCCCACGAAUCAGGACGAAGCCAUUGCCCGAUUGUCCGAAGACGCUAUCAGUUUCUUGUCAAGUUAUGGCAGUUCCUUCAUAAAAAAGUUGAGGUUUCGCUCCACUUGGGCCUUUGUUGUGUCUGUGACGAAAAAUCAGCGCAUCGUGCACGCAGAGAGCUAUCAAAACCCUACUGAUUCUAACAAGUGGGCAAGUCCGAUAAAAAUACGAACCCUGAUAAAACUGAAAUCUGAACAUGUCGUCCAGUGUCAGUGGGAAGACACCAUAGCAAACAGACGGAGGAGAGAAUUCUGUGGAAAGUUUGAAGGCUAUGGAAACGUUUGCAGAUGUAAGUUUUGUUGUUUAGCCUUGGGUUUAUUUUCCUGCUUUCAUCUUAAUUAAUAAAUUUUUGAACAUAAAUUUUGAGAUCCAUGUAGUAUAAGUUAAACUGACUUAUAUGGAUGAAAAUUCAUCACAUCGUUUCUGUUAAGGAAAGCAUUUGACCUUCCAUUUGAUCUGUAGUGUGACAGUUACUUUGUAAUCCACUGGCCAGAACAAAAUACUCGCAAUGCAGAGCCGAAGGAAUAUGAAACACCUCGGAAAGAACAUAAGAUGCCUCACUCGGGCCCAGGCUACUCUCCUUUCCCCCACCCUUUUUUCCGCCACAGUAAUUUAUCUUCUUGACAACAUAAUUACAUCUAUACUUGAUCUACGUUCAGGUGAAAAUCCUGUUCCUCUGGAAAUCGACCCACCCGCGUUCCCAGAUGGGAGCCGCUUCAAGCUCCCUAUAGCGAUCAUGGCCAGCAAUAGGCCAAGCUACCUAUUGCGCAUGCUUUUAGGAAUGCAAAAGGUCCAUGGACUGGACACGAGUAUGAUGACAGUGUUCAUAGAUGGUUUUUGGCCGGAACCUGCUUCCAUUACCAGGCUCCUUGGUGUCAACCUUGAGCAACACGCUGGAGUCAGCCGGCGGAACGCCAGAAUUUGUCAGGUACAAUAAAUCGAUAUCAGUUGGAGAAUUGAUGUUUUUUACUUUCACAGCAGUCUUUUCCGUGAUAUUUAUGCUUAAAAGCGUCACUGAGGCAGGUUCUGCUUGGUAUAAAAGAUACAAUUUCGACGCAAAACGAUAGAAAAAGAAGGACAAAAUAAUGACGAAAACAAUGAAAAGAAUAGUUUAAUCCGUGUUUCAUCGUGACGUGUCCUGUGUCUUUUACACUUUUACGCUUCGUGGUGCGCCAAAGUCCUUAAGGGAUUAGGGCGAGGAAACACCUGACACAUGAUUAUUACAAACGAUUCAUUUUUUAGUUUAAAAAAAGUGUCUUUUUUAGCAUUACAAGAAAUCCAUCGUUGACUCCUUCGACAAGCAUCCUGAUGCUAGCUUCUUAUUGAUACUGGAGGAAGAUCUCGACGUGUCUGUGGACAUUCUGAGCUACUUUAAACAGCUUCUCCCCGUCUAUGAGAACGAUGAAAGUGUUUAUUGUAUAUCAGCUUGGAACGAUCAGGUAAGAAAGCAAAAAACACACAAGGGGGGCCUCGUUCGUUAGGACAGUUGAAUUAAUGUCAGUAUUUGAACGACUGCGCACCUACCCUCCCCUGGCUUAACCCGACAACAAUCAACAGAUAACAAAGUAAGGGUUAAUAUUGACUAGGAAGGGGUAGAUGUGCACUUAGUCAGACACUAACAUUGAUCCAAACAGUUAAAGCGAUUGGAUUUACCUGACUAUGUUGUGAAUUGUGGUAAAUAAAUAGGUUGUCUAGGCGUAUAUGUGUCCACUGGGCAUUUUCGAAUGUCAGAACAAGUGAGUGACAUCGAGCUAAAAGAAAAGCCCAGUUAUCACAGGAUGUGAACCAUUUUUUAUCAGCCUUCAACGAUAUCGCCGCUAAAACGGAAUCAGCUACGAGUUUAAAAUACAUCUUAAAAAAGUUAACGAGAAAAAUAAGGUAUUUUUAUCAGCAAUUUCUUAGACUCAACGUAGGUGAAUAGAUCGAUCAAAGUAAUUUCUGUCCAAGGUUAAUUAUGUUAGGCUCUAGAAGCUAGGAGACCAUAUAUCUUAUAUCAUUCUGGCGCUAGCACCGUGAGAAGAAAGGUUUAAUUCUGCCAUUUGUUAUAUAGAACGAUUUUAGUGCGACUUUGUGGUACAAGUUGUGUGUUCAACAAUAAUUUGGAAAUGGAGAUUAUCUACCGCCGGAGGGGGGAGGAGGAAGGGGAAUUUUGGUUGCGUCGCGAUCAAAUCUACUUGAUCCCCCUUGAGGCUCUGUAAUAUUUUAUGAUCCUUCCCCCCCUCCCCUUUCGUCAGCAGUUAAUUAGCAGUCUAUGUUCUACAGUCCACCUUCAUACUCUGUUUGCGACGACUUUUCCCCUCCCUUCGCCCCGAAAACCAUGUGAUUCCUUCCUUAGUCCUUUGUCGUUCUCCCCACCCCCCCCCCCCUUAGUUGAUAAAGGGGAAAGAGGGUAUAAUGCCCGGGUGAUCAGUGUAAUGUUUUGUUUUAGGGAUAUGAUCAUCUCUGUAAUGACCCCGCCAUGACGUACAGAGUGGACACUAUGCCGGGCCUGGGAUGGUGAGUGGUUCGAGAGAAAAAAAAAAAUAUUAAAUGGCCCUCUCACUAUCUCCAGCUUGUUCACUAUCUUUCAAAACCUUUUUUCGACAGACUUCUAGUAUGAUAAAUCGCUUUGAUAUCGGAUCAUAAUUGAUUGGUAUCAGAUGAAGAAAAAUUUCCAAUUAUGCUGAGGCGGAGAAUAGUUUCGCAGAAUUUGCCUUAGAGGGAGGUUCCGCACCCGCUGGGUCAACAAUCUUGGACCGUACACUUUUGCUUAAAGUAAGGUUCAAGGGGGAGAGGCAGUGAUACGUUGGUUAUAAGGGAGGGGAUUUUAAUGAGUAGAAUCUGCAGGGUACAUGCCACUCAAUAUUACACUUGGAUUCCUGGUUCCAGGGUGUUGAGUCGUAAGCUUUUUAAAAACGAACUGGAGGAGAAAUGGCCAAGACCUGAGGACUUUGUGGACUGGGACAUAUGGAUGCGGGGUAACCACAACAGGAAAGGUCGAGAAUGUAUCAUCCCUGACAUUUCACGAACAUAUCAUUUCGGCGGCAAGGGGCUGAACGUGGGUGGUCAUAUGCAGGCUCGGUAUUUUGCAAAACACUCCCUGAAUACAAAACCAAAUGUAAAGCUGGAUGUUGAUAAAAUGUACAAAGAAAACUACGAGAAGGAGAUCAACCAACUUCUGAGGUGAGCUGUCUCAUCUGCCUCUGUUGAGCAUUUGUUUAAUCAGCCUCGGUUCCAAUACUUUCCCCACGUAAAUCGGGAAAAGUCCUGGAACCGAGGUUACUGUCUAAUGUCUCUGUUUUGUUUGAUUCCAUUCUUUGAAACCUUUUACGUCUAAAAGUAACGAUCCUCCUUGCUCUGUCUUUAAAUAAUUUGUUGGUUUAGGGUAGACACAACUUUCUUUUCUGUUCUUAUCGCCUGGAGGGGGUAGGAGUAUUUAGGGGGAAUUGCAUGGUCUACUAAUCUCGUACCCAGAUCCCACCGUUUAGCUGUAACUGAAUGCAGGAACUCAAAACUGCUUGGCCGUGGAAGGUCUGGUUACGAGACUGAUGGUUUUCAGGAGGAUUGGAAGGGCAACAAACUUGGUGAACUGGUUGAGUAAUGUGCUCGUAACAAUGCCAACAUCGCGUUUAGCUUGUUAACUUUUGAUGGUUUCUAUGUGGAGAAGAGCGGAUUAGUCGGAGGAAACCCUGGGAACCAAAAAAAUUGAGCUAAUCACACGCUUAACCAACAGGCGAUGUUAGGUUCUAUUAUCGACCCUGGGAAAAAGCUAUAGGAGACGAGUUCUUUCACAAAAUCCUAAUAUCUCCUUUCACUUAAAAUAUGAAUUGACAAAAAUGAUCAUCACUCCAUUGUUUGUUUUUUUGUUUGUCCUUUUUUUAGCAAAGCUAAGGUUUUGGACCACACGGAGACGCCGUGCACAAGAUUCAGAAACUUUGUUCCUGACACUAAAGGCGAAUUGUACGUGUUUUACAUAAGAAUGGAGGAAACUUUCGAUCACAAGACCUGGAAAAACAUCGCUACUUGUCUGAAAAUGUGGGAUUUAGACGCGAGAGGAUAUCAUCAUGGCUUAUGGAGGUUUUGGGUCAAGAAAAACCACGUGAUAGUCGUGGGAUGCCCAGCAUCAAUUUACUGCUCGCACAAACCGAAGGAUUUAAAGCCUAUUUAUAUUCCUGAGAGAGUGGAGCCACCAGAAGAUGAAUAUGAUUCAUAGAGCGCUUUUCGAUUGAGCGUCGUGAAAACAGAGCCAAGUUAAUCACAACAGUUAAUCAAAAGGAAGAAAAGUACCUUUAAGAGCCAAUCAGAAGAAAGAUAAGUUCCUUUAGGAGCCAAUCAGAAGAAAGAUAAGAACCUUUAAGAGCCAAUGAGAAUGAGAAGUAAAACCUACCAAAUUUCCUCUGACGCAAGAAAACACAG